CCUAAAGUGGGUUACAUGAGACUUCGUAUUGAGUUUCGUAGAUACCUACAUACCUACAAUUACACAAUAUUUAUGCAGUAUAGAGCUUCCGUGGAGCUUCCGUGGAAAAGCUAAGUGCGUGUCGAUUCUCAGCCUUUACCUCGUAUUUGUGUAUAAACCUGCCUAUUUGGGCCCUCUCCUCUAUGCGCACCUUUGCGAGGGAAAGCCUGGAACCUGGACUUGGGACCCGCGUCUUUUGAGCCGCGUAACAAUUGAUUCAGCUCCUGGAAACGUAGGUAGCUAGCCGGCACGCUUAUGUCCGUGAGAUCCAGAUCCAUACCUACGCGCAGCUGGAGGCGAUCUACCUACCUACGUCUGUGCACGGAAGCCAUGUUUGGAGCAGAAAAAAAAAACAAAAUGUCUAUUGGCGCACCGAGUCACCAACUCUACGCCUGCUCGUGCGCCAAGUAUAAUUUUUAAUGGACCACCAACGAUGUCUUGGCCUUUUCUUCUACUCCCCGCUCGUGGUGACAUAUAGAUUGUGCUUGGCAAGAGGUAGAUAAAUAUGAUGGCGAACUCGAAGAUACUGUCUGUUUUGGUUUUUGGCUUGGCAGCCUGCGCCAGCGCUAUUUCGAUAGGCCUCGGACGCAAUGAGAAGAGGCAGUUGGAGGUGCCGAUUGUGGAUUUGGGGUAUGAGGUUCAUGAGGGUGUGGUUAAUGCCACCGGCAACUACUACAUCUUCAACAACAUCCCCUAUGCGGAGCAGCCACUUGGCGACCUACGCUUCCAGAAGCCCGUCGCUAUCAAAGACCCAGGCUCAGGAAUCAACAAUGGAACGACAGACGAGGGCAGCAUCGUGAUCUGCCCGCAGGCGUAUCCGCAAUGGGUCAUCAACAACAUGGCAGCGCACAGCGGAGUCGACCCAGCAACCAUGGCUGCGUUACUUAACAACCAGACAGGCCAGACGGAAGCUUGCCUCGUGUUGGAUGUCUACGUGCCGACGGAUAUCUUUAAUCGGGGGGCUGAGGCUGAAGCGCCGGUCCUGGUGUGGAUACACGGGGGCGGCUUUACCUUUGGCUCCAAGACCUUCUUCGGCAACCCCGCAGGCCUCAUCUCUAGAUCGCGCCGCAAUGGCGAGGACGGGCUCAUCAUCGUCACAGUCAACUACCGUCUGGGCAUGUUCGGGUGGCUAGCAGGGGACGACGUAACCCCGAACCUAGGGCUCCAUGACCAACGGCUCGCCCUGGAAUGGGUGCAGCAGUACAUCCACCUGUUUGGCGGUAGCGCCGAGAAAGUCACGGCCAUGGGCGAGAGCGCGGGCGCUUCGAGCGUCGUGCACCAGAUCACGGCGUACGGCGGGAAACAACCCGCGCCUUUCCGCGCCGCGAUCCCGCAGUCGCCCGCUUUCCAGUUCAACAUCGACCUUGACGCGAGUUACGCGCACGCGCUGGCAGAAGCCUCUACGCAGGUCGGGUCAGAUGUCAAGGGCGUGGCGGCGCUGCGUGGGUUGCCAACCGAACAGCUGAUUGCGAUCAAUCGAGGUGCCGUGGGCUCAGCGCCCGUCGGCACUUUUGGCUUCGGUCCUGGUCCCGAUGGGUCUUUUGUCCCCGCGAUACCGCAGGUCCUGCUCUACGAGGGGAAGUUCGAUCGCAAUGUCAAUGUGAGUACCUACCUAGAUCCGCUAUUCGCAUCCCCCCCCUCCCCCUUCCUCUUUUUUUUUUACAACCUACGCGAAAAAGAUAAUCCCAUCCACAAACGAAGAUUAGCGGUUAGGUAGUAUUAACUGUAACGAUCAGCUGCUCAUAAGCCACACAUCCAACGAAUCGAUCCCCUUCAUGCCUCCCAACAUCACCACCGCCGCCGACGUCCUUGCCUACGUGCAGUCCGCCUUCCCGGAAGCCUCAAACACGACGACCGAGACUCUCCUCUCGGACCCGGCCCUGUACCCCGACGUGCUGACGGGCGCCUACCCCUGGACCACCGAGUUCGGCCGCGCCGCGCGUCUCGUCGCAGAGAUCAACUUCGCGUGCACGGCACGGCUGCUGGCGCUCGCGCACGGCAGCGGCUCGGCGUACGCGUACGUCUUCUCGUACACGCCCGGCUGGCACGCCGGCGACGUGCCGUACGUCUUCUUCAACGGCGACACGACGACGCUGGAAAACGGGGUGCCCGUCGACGGCGCGCUCGCGGUCCAGCUGCAGGAUUAUAUUGUGAGUUUUGCGAUGACGGGGAGCCCGAAUGCGGAGGGGGCGGGGCUGCAGUUCCCGGUGUAUGGGGAGGGGGCGAGGGUGUUGGAGUUGGGGGAUGGGGGGUUCAGGGAGGGGGAGGAUGAUUUGAGGGGGGGCAGGUGUGAGUGGUUGCAGA